AUGUCAUUCUCGCAAGAUCAAGUGCGACUUGCAGGACAGCACAGAUGGGACGUGCGCGACGAUGAGAGCACGCCAGCCGCAUCUUCAACAGCGUCGGUAGGGUAUAUGGGAGAGGAGAGCUACCUUCGCAAUCCCAGUGUCCCUGAGUUCUUCGACGACACAGUUGCUGAGACCGCCGAAAUGCGAGGAAAGAUCCUUCAAGUGACUGGAGCAACUGUGCUUCCACCCCAAAUGUUAAUCGACGCGUUGGCCGACGUAUAUUUUGACCAUGUCUACCCCCAUUACCCGAUCGUAGACAGGGCAGAUAUGAUCCAACACCAUUCCUCGCCGCUUCUGCUGCUGAGCCUAUGCCUGGUUGGCGCCUCAUACGGCCACCGUCGAGGUUCCGUGAGCCAGAUCAGCAUGGCAAAUCAAUUUUACUUGAAGGUGAAGACGCUUUUGGAUGUUGAGCAUGAGAAGGAUAACGUCGUUGUCCUGAAAGCUUUAUGUCUUCUGACGUGGCGUGGCGAUUCGGACAAAAUGACAGCUUUCUGCUAUGGACGACUGACGUCAAUCAAUCUCCGGGCAACAGACGUCCAACUCCCUUCCCGAGACGACUUUCCCGCAACAUUCUUGGACAGCGACGUCUUCAUAGAGAAGACCAAGCUCUGCAUCAUCCUUGGUCGACUUGGGAAUGCUCAACUGGACCCAACGUCUGUCCAAGAUGAUAAAACAGAUAUUGAGGAGGCUCUGAGCAAUUGGUUUCACGCCCUCCCGGAAGACCUCCGUGUGCCCGAUGGAGAAAGACGACAUACAUACCGCCGUAUUGUCUCGGAGCUGCAGAUACUUUAUCUUGCUUGUGUGGUAAUCUACCACCAGUCCGUGGUGAAGUCGGAGCCUGAUCCCAUCCGAUCAAGAUCAAGCUUGGAAGAGUGUGUUCGCGCAUCGUCGCAGAUCACAAGACUUCUGGAAGAGAUCUACUACAGGAAUGAUGUUUCUUACAUCGCACCUAUCAACAACUGGUAUUGUUUACUUGCCGGAGUGAUUCAGAUUCGUGCUCGCGCAACAUUGCCGGACAAGAGAGCUUUACGGACCGAAGAGCUCGGAAUUCUCAAGAUCGUCCUACAAGAGAUGAUUCCUACAGUCCCGAGCUCGAACUUGAUACUUAAGAAUUUGGAACGCCUGGAACAAGCAUCUAGAGUAGCCCCAGAGCGCUCGACUGACGUUCCGAAGCAUACGUCAACCACUGAGCACGAAGAAGAGUCCGUCAUGCAAGAUGAUCACAACCCCCAACACUCACUGUUGUGUUCUGACAGUGGUGUGAGUCCAAAUUUCCUUGGUGCCGAUAACUACACUGGGCUGAACGCCAGUGUCCUCACCCCGGUUGACAACUGGGCUUUUGAUGGCAAUUUCGACUUCAAUUUUGUAGACAUUCAAGCAGAUGUAUUCAUGCAGGAGAUAUGA